AUUAUACAAUAUCGUUAUAGUAUUUUUUGCCCCACCCUUGUUUUUCGUAUCGCAAUGCUGCACACCUUGAUUUCAUGUAUUACGUACCUUUUCACCUCACGGAUAUGAGAUAGGUCAAAUCACGAUAGUGAAAAUGAGUUCACAAGAUACAACUGAUCAUGUAUCAGUAGUUAAUUCACCUAAUAUAUCAUCAAGAACAAAAAAUUGGGUCCAAUUUGAAGAUGAAGCACCUGUUAAAAAUAAUGAUGGUAUAGAAGAAAAAACUAAAACAAAUACACCAGCUGUAAUAAAACCAGAAUCAAUAACAGUGAAUGUUGAAAAAAUUGGAAAAUCUGUUGAUAAUUCAGAUAAUCAACAAAUAAAAAAUCAUGAAUAUAGAGGUGCUGUGAUAUCAACUGAAUCCGUCCAAAUUAAUUUAGAUAGGUCAGGUUUAAAUCGUUCUAUUACAUCUGAAAGUCCAGAACUUAAUUUACCAUCUGAAAUAAGAGUUUCUGAUCCUAAAAGUGCUUCUUUGAAGACUAUUGAUCUCCGAGAUAUAUCCAAUGGCAGAAGUGUUACUAAUAAUAUUAUAAGUACAUCUAUUGGAAAUAUUAGACAAGGUUUUGCCAAUGGGGAUACUAUAGUUACUCUUUUACCAAUCAAUACCAGAUGGCCGUGGAUUACUCCAGCUAAAUUUCGUCCAGAAUUAGUACCAGAAGAAUUAAUGGCUCAAGGUUUAACGCUUACAGUAGAAGAUUACGUACAUAUAAUGGAAUUGCUUGUGAAUGAUGUACGUUUCAAUAUGUAUAAUGUAUGUUACAAAAGGAUUCUUGUUCUUUGGAUAUUUACUGCAUUUAUUGUAUUGCUUGGCUUAUUAUUUUCUGGAGUAACUGGUCUUACUUUAUUUGGGCUUGGCGUUAUGUGGUUAGUCCUCAAUGCUGCUGCAAUAUUUUUUUGCAUGUUCAUCAAGAUAAAAUUGAAUCAUAAUCUUGAAAAAUGUAUGGGGCAAGUGAACAAACAUUUACUUCGACAUAAAAUAUUGCUUGGAUUGGAUGAUAGAGGAAAGAUUUCAUGUCACAAAGUCAAUCUUUGCUUCAUAUACUUUGAUACUACAGAUUGCAUUAAAAAAUUACAAGAAGUUAUAGAACGAGAAGAACGUGAAGGAAGAAUAAUAGGAGAAGAUGGAAAUUCUGAAAUGCGUCGAAAAAGGGAAUUACAACAGCGAAUGGAUAUAGAUGAUAGUGAUAUUGUAAUACAAGGCAAUACAACUACUAGAAUUUCUCGCAAACAGGAACGGGCGGAGUUGCUGUUGCUGAGGUAUGCAUCUCGAUGGGCACAUCACUUUGUGCGCCGCAGACUUGAUCUGGUUAUAGACUCACAGGAACGUAAUAGAGACAUCGCGGGUUUAUCUGUUCCACCACGUCAUUGUGUCUCCGCCCGUUGUCCUUGUCAAUUUAUUGAGGACCAUCUUAAGUACAAGCCUAGAGCUGGAAAAAAGGCAAUACAUUUUGAUAUUUCAUUUCAAUCACAUUUUGUGAACACAUGAAAAUCAUUUACUAAAUAAUACAAUUGAUAUCCAUCGGGCUUUACAUGGUGUGCUUAUCUUAAUGAUCCAUUAGUUAAAUAUGAUAUUACAAUAGGCAUUCCUAAUUAAAAAUAUCAAUAAUUGAAUAAAUGCACAACAAUAUUUAAGACA